AGCUGCCGGCAGUUGAGUCUCGAGCUUCGAUGCGUUCGGUUGUGUUUCUUAUAUCGCUACUUGGGCCUUGCUCUGUGCCCGUUUUCUUAAAAUUGUAUUGAAAGUCGUAACGCCUGCGCGUGCUUGAUGCAUUUUGAAACGGUUGCCAAUCGAGCUAAAUACAAAACACAAAUUGUUUCAAUUCAUAUACUAAUAGAUAUGCAACAGGUGUAAAAGUGUGCACAGGUGUCUCAAAUCUUUUAACUCGCUUACAUUUGGAUUUACGCAAUCGGCAGCAGCUGCUAAGGAACUUUAAGUGCCUUCGAUAAUAGCUCAAUCAGCUCGGCUCAGGUCAGAUCAGAUCAAAUCUGAUCAGAUCACGUGUCGGCAACUACAGUUCGUGUAAUUCGGUAGAAGUAGCCGAAAAGUUGUCGUGCAAACAAAUACUCAAAACGCUACCUAAGAUCAAAAAAAAAAAAAAAAAAAGCCAAAAUAAAACCCGUCGAGAAGCCGAAAGCUGACAAAACAGUUGGCUCGUUGAUCGUGUUGGCAUUUAAUUUAGCUGGUUACGUGGCUGGGGGACUCGUGCGGCCGCCGAAAAGAAAGUCACGACACUAUCCAAAGCGGUUCAAAACAAGAUUUCCAAGAUUCUGCGCCGAAAGUCAAAGUUACAAGUUUACAUUUUGGCCGGUUCAACGUCUUAUCACUGUGUGUGUGUGUGCGCGCGCGUAUGUGUGUGUUUGUGCCACUUUAGAAAGUGAAAAUCGAGUGCAGCCCCAGUUUGAAGCGCAUUCGGUCAGAGCUGCAGCUGAAAGUGAAUUUGCCUGCUAGCUCCAUCAUCAUCUGUCCCAGUAGCUCCAGAGACAGCUACAUCUACAGCUCAGCUACUUGGCCCAACCGCCAGAAAAAUAAAAUCCGUCUACAGAGCCGCAGUCCAAACUGGCUUCACGUUCCACAAUGGAGGCCGAAGAAAUUACAAAACUCGUUGAUGGUGUUUAUAGGAAUAUACUCGAUAGAUUCAAUCCGGGUGCCAGACAGCUAAUUGCGGCGGGCAAAAGCUACCUGAAGGCGUUGCAUGGUGCCGCAACAGCCUCGCGUCUAUUCAAUGAAGCAUUGGCCAAGAUUGCGAUGAACGCGCAACAAAGCGGAACGGGCGAUAUUGGUUCAGCUUUGAUGAGCGUUGUGAAUGUCAACAAGGAGAUUCAGGAUCAACAAAUGAAUAUUCUGAAAGCCUUCUAUGUUGAUCUAUUGGUGCCAUUGGAGACAAAUUUGGAGAAGGACACAAAAGUGGUGCAGCAUGAGCAGAAGAAGUUCAUGCAGCAGCACAAAGUGCGCAUGGAGAGCUACCAGAAGGCCGUCUCCACAAUGAAGAAGCAGCGCAAGAAAAAGGCCACGCCCGAGAACACGGAAAAGGAGCUGAGAAGCCUACAAUUGCUGGAGGAUCAGAAGAAGAAACUCGAUAUAUUUUGUGAUCAGAGCUAUAAGAAUGCCAUGACACAGGAGCGUCGUCGCUAUGGGUUCGUCUUGGAGCGCCAGUGCUCGAUCGCCAAGCACUGGAUGGCCUACCACACCACCGGCAAAACAGUAAUUGAUAAUAAUUUCGAAAAUUGGCAAGAAAUUGCCGCUUCCCGUGAGAUAAUACCGCCGGCCGCAUACGAGAGCGGCUACAGCAGCAGCAACAGCAAUACGAGGCGCCUGGUAAGUCCCAGCCUCCCUGCCCCCAGCCCUAACAGCUCUCUCAGUGUGCCCGUAUGUCCCUCUGUCCCUCUGUCUCUCCAGGAGCGCAUCAAAGACGCUGAUGAUGAGCAGCUACAGAGCCAAGGCAUGGGCGCUCAGCUUAAGAAAUCGCGCAGCAUCGAUGCCCCUUAUGGAGACAUGCGCACUCUGCACGAGCGUGAAAGUGGCUCGGGAUCAGCGCUCUAUGGACAGAAUUCCUUGCCGCGUGCCAAAUCCGACUUCAAUUUGGCCCUCGUUGGAGCUGGACCUAUGACAGGCAGCAAACACAAAAUAAUUGAGGAGCAGCUGCCGCUCUGCGAGGUGGAGCGUGGAGAUCAGCGUCCACUGGUCAAGGCAUUGUAUGCCUAUAUGCCUUCGGGUGAGAAUCAGCUGUCCUUCGAGGAGGGCGAUCGCAUCGCCCUGGUGGGCGGCAAGGCCAAGGGCUGGCAGUUCGGCGAGAAUCUGCGCACGCAGCACUUCGGCUGGUUCCCUGUGGCCUACACCAAUGCAGAGAGCCUGGAGGUGGCGCCAUCUAGCGGACGACGCUAUGAGAACAUGCACAUGAGCUACGGCAGCAGCGGAAUGCGCAGCUACCAUGAGCAGCAGCAGCAACAGCAGCAGCAGCAAUACGAAGCGCAAAUGGAGCUGAUGGACAACGAUGCCACGUACAGGCGACGCCGGAAUCACAGCGCCGAGGAGUCAUCGCCCACGCGCAUGUUCGGCGACACCAUCAAGCAGCAAAAGAAGUACCGCUCCGGCUCGGCAGCCAAUCCACGCCCCGGUCCGCCGCCCACGCUGCCCGCUCCAGUCCCGAAUGGCCAGAGCCAGAGCUCCCGUAUGCUGAACAGUUCGCAGAGCUUCUGCGCACCCAACGGCGUGCCGGCUGCCGUGGAGCGACGCAAGCAGAAGCUGCUGAAUGGCGCACAGAGCUCCAUGAGCCAGCCGUCCACAAAGUCCGCAGCGGCGGCAAAGACCUCGCUCCACAGCAGCAAUGACAGUGGCUUCGCAAAUGAGCCGCCGCCACAGCCCGAGGUCGACUACUCCGACGAGGAGCCAGCCACACAGCGCGUGCCCAUACGGCGACGCGCGGACACCAACACCCACACGGUGCCCAGGGACGUGGCUUCGUGGACGCUGAAUCGUAAUUUCCGCAACAGCGUGGACAGCCAGAUCGAUGACAAGAGCUUGAACCGGCUGAGUCGGCAGAGCGGCGGAGGCAUCGGUGGCAAAAUGCGAUACGAUUUGAUUGCCUCGGACGAUGAGAUACUGCAGGCAUCCAGCGCAGGCUUGAAGCGCACCAAGUCCUUCUGGAAGUUUGGCGGAGGACGCACUGAGGACAUCCUAGCUGGCAUGUCGCUCUGGCAGCAUCGCGACCUGGUUGCAGCGCCCAAUAUGGAGGAGAUGCGGGACGAACAGCGCUCCGAAGAGGAUCGAGAGCGUCACAAUCACAGCAAUGGCAAUGGAACUGGAACGCUGACCAAGUCGCAGAACUCCAGCUCGUCGCAGGAGAAGCGUGGCCGCAAGGACAGCAUCACCAGCACAGAGAUCUACGGCGACGAUGAUGAGAACAUCUAUGGAGUCAGCCCGGCCAUGCCGCUACAAAAACAACAACAGCAACAGCCGCAGCAGCAGCAGCAGAGGAGCAGCGGCUACACGCCCAAGUCUCGCAUGAAGAUCAUGAAGACCAUUGAGAUUGAUAUAGAGGAGCCGUCGGAAAGCGAACGCUUGAGCACCAUCCGCCGCAGUCAGCAGCAGCAGCAGCUGCAGUCUGACUAUGGCCAUGGACACCGCAAGCUGGACAAGCAAGGCUCUGGCUCCGCCUCACUGGCCUCCUCCACGCCGCAGCACAAGUCCCAAACACUCAGCCGAUCGAAGCCAUCGCAGCAGCAGCAGCAGCAGCAACAACAGUUUCCGCACUCCACGGAUGAGGGCGACAGCGAUGAUCAUGGCACGUUGAAGAUGAGCGACGUCAAUAACUUCUUCGAUGACAUGCAGCACGAUGGAGGCGGUAAUUCGGGCCACGGAGGAGGCGUUGGCAAUCAUGGCCUAGUCAUGAAGACGCUCAAGCGCAAGGACAUACUCAAGCAGUACUACACCAGCGAGGAUGAGUCUGAGGCAGAGAUCAAGUCGACCAGCUCCGAUCCCUAUGACUGCAUCGUGAUCAAUGAUCAUCUGGUGCGCAAGGAUGACAAGCUGAGACGCCGAGAGCAUCAGCAGCAUCAGCACCAUCAGCAGCAGCAGCAGCAAAUGGAGUUCCACACAUUUCGCUCAUCCACAUCCACGAUUGCGACAAAUACGCUGAAGAAGUCCAGCUCCAAGGAUCAGGACAGCACGCUGACCCGCAACUCCACAGCUAAUGGAUCUAAUGGUGCACCAACUGCGACAAUUCUGCCGCGCACGCGCCUGCUCAAAUCAUCCUCCAACAACAACAACAACAACAGCAACAACAACAGCAACAACAACAACCACAACAACAUCAACAACAUUAACAACAACAACAUCAACAGCAGCGCGACACUGGAGCGCAAUCUGAAGGCGCAUGUGGGCAACAAGAGCUACGGUCCGUGGUACGACUUCUGGGACCAGGAGCAGCAUGGCAUUACCAGUCAGAAAUCUGCCAGCGCCAAGCUGAAAUAGCUACCAGGGGCAACGGGCUAGGAGCA